AUGUGCUAUUUUAAGAGCAUAAUACGUGAUGUCCAGGACGAAUGGUUAGGUCAUUUUGCGCUGCUUGUGGCGCCGCACGGAACCUUUACGGAUGAAGGUCAAAAGGCUUUUGAGAAAGUUGUUGCUCAUAACGAUAUUUCUGAGGGUUCCGCAGAGAUCCCCAAGCGUGUUGACGGACAAAAAACUUUUUAUGUGUUAGAUCCCGGCGGUGAUCUGACUGAUACUCAAAAUCGCUUGUCCAAAAUGUUGCAGCAGUACGUAUUCUGGAAGGGCAUUGUAGGACAACCUCCGAAGCCUGAAGAACUUCGCCAGUAUCUUCAAAAUAAUGAUUUUUUUUUGUAUAUGGGACACGGAAGUGGUGGUCGCUAUUUUGGCAAAUCUGUGAUAAGAAAUAGCGAUUGUAGAGCUGUGUCACUCCUAAUGGGUUGUUCAAGUGCUCGAAUUUUACAUGAAGGUGAUGGGUUUGAUGGUCAAAGCGUGAUAUACGAUUACAGUAUUGCACGUUGUCCUUGUUUAGUUGGCUGUUUGUGGAUGGUGACUGAUGGCGAAAUAGAUAGAUUUCUCAUGGCUCUAGUUAAGCACUGUUUCAGUAAUUCGACUGGAGAUUUUGGGGAGUCUUAUCGUUUGUUGAUUGACGCCGUUGCUUAUGCCAGAACUGCAUGCAGGUUACGCUAUAUGACUGGUGGGGCUGUGGUUUCUUAUGGACUUCCUAUUGUUGCUAGAAAUAUUGUUGCUUUCUGUAAUAAUGGAAAUAUUGUUCCCCAGUUACCAGAGCCAGCAAAUUGCUAG